GGUUUUCUCUGUUGAGAAUUCAACAAACUGCAUUCCAACAACAAACAGGAAACACACGUCCUAUUUAAAAAAAAGAGAAAACUACUGACACCCGACUUAGCCAAUCACGUCUCACUAGAACACCCGCCUAGCCAAUCGCGUAAGAGAAGAAAGGCGGGACGUCCUGUAAUGUGAUGCAAAUUGGACGGUCCAGCCUGUUAGUCCCACCUUUUUGUGUUUCCCGCACCGUCAAUCAAAAUAGAAAAAAAUCGACCCGAAUUCACCGAUCAACACUAGCCCGCCUUUGAUAAAAUAAUCAUGUUCGGAGUUUAGUUGAUCAGAUAAUCCUCCCGGUUACUACCACUCACGCUAUGACCGCUACGUAAACACGCAGCGCAUCGAAGCGUGCAACUAAUUGGUGAGUUUGUGCAGCCCGCAGCGAGGCGAAGCUGCGUCUUUUUUUUAUCUUUUUUUGCUCCGCUGCUAACUAGCUAGACACGGUUAGCCGACCGAGCUAGCUGGCUAGCCGCGGAGUUGACAAAGUAAACAGUCGAUCUGGGCCUAAAUAGCCUCAGAUUCCCCGCUGCAAAGUUGAAUUUCGCAGUUGGCUCCUUUCGGGCUGCAGAGUGGGGAUGAUUUGCGGGGGUUUUCAGGCAGGCAGGAGUUGUAGAUUUACAGAGUUUUUGCUGAGUUUCGCCCCUUGUCUCUCCCCAUUGCUAGCGCCAGAGCAAGCCCUCUGAAACAAGGAGAAAUGGCGUCCGCGGACGUGGACAGCAGUCAAAGCGAGUUUCUGCAGCCCGGCGGCGCAGCGGAAACACAGACAACAGACAUGUCAGCCAUACAACUGACAGGCUCAGACCGAUGGGAGGUGCUAACUCCUGUCUCCACUGGGAAGGAGGAUCAAGGAGUCGUUCACAUUCCAAACUCGGGGAUCGUCACGUCCAACGGGCAGUACGUGCUUCCUAUUGGGAAUCUUCCCAGCCAGCCCAUCUACGUUACAGCGUCUGGGAAUGACGGCUCGGCUAACGGCGUGUCAGGCAUUCAGUAUCAGGUUAUCCCCCAAAUCCAAAAUGCAGACGGGACACUUGCAGGAUUCUCGACACAGGGGUUGGAUGACGGCACAGGGCAGAUCCAGCUCCUACAAGACAACGGCCAUGGCAGCAUCGGCAUCAGCUGCGCCACGUCAACGUCCACAGACCUCCUGACGCAGGUGGGGCAAGUGCAGUCGAUUCAAGGCGUUCCGCUGGGUGGGGGUUCGGCGUACACCAGCACGGUACCCGUAGGGCUGCCCGGCAACAUAACAUUCGUCCCCAUAAACAGUGUGGAUCUAGAGUCGCUCGGGUUGACGGGAGCGCAGACAGUCCCCAUUGCAACGGGGGUGACAGCGGAAGGUCAGCUGAUCAUGAGCGGUCAGACACUGGAGAGUCAGAACCAGGACGCCAGCAAACAGCAGCUGGUGACGGUGAGCGACGCCAGCAACAACCAAGAGCUUUACGUGCCAACCACCUCUUCUUCCUCCAACUCCUCCCAGCUUCCCGAGACCAUCGACGGCACGGGGGUUCUGACCCAAGCCACAGCGGUGUCUGCAGGCGUGUCCGACCCUUCCUCCUCGGAGAACUACAACUCCCACAACCACCUGCAGCAAAUCCAGGUGUCAUCCUCUAAUGCUACCACUAUCUCACAGCCCAUCCUGCAGCUGGCUGGGGACAGUCAGGCCCAGGUAGCCCAGGUGGCUCAAGGCCAGGACAUGAACGCAGCAGGUCAGACUCUACAGAGCGUACAGCUGGUCAACCCAGGUACCUUCCUCAUCCAGGCCCAAACCGUCACCGCUACGGGGCAGAUCCAGUGGCAGACUUUCCAGGUUCAGGGUGUCCAGUCACUCCAAGGCCUCCAGUUGCCCCAAGGGCAGGGCCAGGCCCAGCAACUGACCCUAGCCCCGGUUCAGGCCCUCCCUCUGGGUCAGACGGGUCAGGUUAGCCUACCCAACCUCCAGACGGUAACGGUGAACUCCGUGUCACAAGCCGGAGUUCAGUACACGCAGGGGGACGACGCGAGCAGUCCAGCUGGUAUCCAGAUAAAGGAGGAGCCGGACUCUGAGGAGUGGCCGUUGGGUGGAGACUCAACGCUGAACACCAGCGACCUGAACAACCUGCGGGUUCAGAUGGGAGACGAUGACAUGGAGACGCCGAGCGGUGAAGGCAAGAGGCUCCGCAGAGUAGCCUGCACCUGCCCCAACUGCAAAGAGUCUGGAGGAAGAGGGUCGGGCAUGGGGAAGAAGAAGCAGCAUAUCUGCCACAUCGCCGGCUGCGGGAAGGUCUACGGGAAGACGUCCCACCUCCGAGCUCACCUGCGCUGGCACAGCGGAGAGAGACCUUUCGUCUGCAACUGGAUGUUCUGCGGCAAGAGGUUCACCAGGAGCGACGAGCUGCAGAGACACCGGAGAACACACACAGGAGAGAAGAAGUUCGUGUGCACAGAGUGCUCCAAGAGGUUCAUGCGGAGCGACCACCUGGCCAAGCACAUAAAGACUCACCAGAAUAAAAAAGGCGGCGUUCCCUCCUCCACGUCUCCGCCCACCGACACCGUCAUCACCGCAGACGGUACCACACUCAUUCUCCAGAGCGCCACCACUCACGACCUCGUAGGCAAUCAGGAGAUACCUUUGCAGCUGGUCACUGUGGCGCCCAGCGAGGUCAUGGAAUGAGCGC